GUGUUUCCCAAAAAACCUGCAACUUCACAGAUGAGAAGAAGAGGGGAGGGAAAUUAAAGGAGAGUGGGGUCAUAAGUUUCCACUUGCCAAAGAAAACAAUAUGCUUUUGAAGAGCUUCUUAACUUAGCUCCACACACACACAUGCUGGCAAACCUGCAUUUUUGGACUCAAACACUGAACAAGUGCAUUUGAAUAAUGAAUUAGACAAGAGAAACUAACACAAAAACUGUAUCUCUCUGACUGACUAUGACUUUUUAUGACUACAUUGGCUACACUGACAAAGGUUUAUUAUUCUCAGAGUGACAGGGCAUAAAGCAGAGCUAAGCACCUUGUGCUUGCCUCCUGCAUCCCAGUAUAAAAGCCAGAGGCAGCUGUGGACGGAUGGAAGAUCUUCAUCACAGAAGUUACUGAGCUCAUGUUUCAGCACAAACGAGCAUGUUAAAGAUAAAAAUAGAAAAUAGUCACCAAAGAAGGAUGAGGAAAAACGUUUUUACCGACUUGUUGCUUUUACUCGUGGCUAGUGAUGCAGGCGCGUGGACUGUCAAAAAUAAGACUGAUAGCCUUGCUGGAGCCAAUAUCACUAUUAAUAAAACCAAAUUGGAGGAAAACGGGUUGGCAUCCUUACCCAAAUCAAGGCAAAAACGCUACAUUUCGCAGCAUGACAUGAUGGCUAUUCUGGACUACCACAACAUGGUCCGAGCAAAUGUUUUUCCACCUGCCGCCAACAUGGAGUACAUGGUUUGGGAUGAGGGCCUGGCCAGGUCAGCAGAAGCUUGGGCAGCAACCUGUAUUUGGGAACAUGGACCUUCAUAUCUUCUCCAAUAUAUAGGUCAAAACCUCUCAGUUCGAACCGGCAAUUACCAUUCCAUCAUUCAGCUGGUUAAACCGUGGUAUGAUGAAGUCAAAGAUUAUGCAUUUCCAUACCCACGUGACUGCAAUCCCCAGUGCCCCAUGCGCUGUUAUGGACCCAUGUGCACACAUUACACACAAAUGGUGUGGGGAUCAACAAACAGAGUUGGAUGUGCCAUUCAAACCUGUUACAAUAUGGUUGUGUGGGGCUCUGUGUGGAGGGAGGCAAUAUACUUGGUCUGCAAUUAUUCACCAAAGGGCAACUGGAUUGGUGAAGCACCUUAUAGAGUUGGUGUACCGUGCUCAGCCUGUCCUCCAAGCUAUGGGGGUUCAUGCAGCAACAACAUGUGCUUUCCUGCCAUCAACUCAAACUUUAUGUAUUGGUUUAAGUAAGCUGGUAUGUUAUAAUAACUUACUGUAUAGUAUAUAUGUGCAUUUUGUUCUGCAUAUGUCUGUCUUUUUGUACAUGAUGAUGUAGAUUCCAGAUGGUGCUAAUGUUACAUUACUGUUCUAGGUUCACCAGUAAUAUUAAUGCUCACGAACAGGUUAAUUAAAUGGGUUAAUUCUCUACAGAUCAAAUCUGUGCUGAUCACCAUGAGAUUAGAACAAUUUUGUUUUGUUUGGUGUAUUUAUUUACUUGUUUUUUUACAGUUCUUUACCAUCAAGGGUUUCAAAGGUGCUAAAUAACAUAUUUGAAGGUGUGUGUUUUAGCGGCAUCUAGCGGCGAGAUUGCGAAUAGCAACAAACCUUCAGAGGCAGCAUUCCAAGGCAGGAAGGCAUUAUAAAUGUGCAAUGUUUAUAAACCUUUAUAAAUAUCCUCAGAAAAUCGGAACGGUACAUUUAUUCAAAGUCAGGUUCAAGGUGCUUGUAAUGAUAUACUGUAUUUGAAUGUAUUUUCAAAAAUAUUUUGAUAAGCUUGUAAAGUUCUCAUUUGUGUUAUAUAUGUGUGUUUUACAUGGUACCAUGAUAAAAUGGUUCAUGAUGAUGAUUAACUAAAAGUAUUGAACAUUUCUAGCAAAUAGUAGCAAUAUUGUUUUGUUCUUUAUUUUUAUUAUUUUAAUAAAAGACAUGUAAAUCAUAUUCCUCUUUAAAAAAAUCUCCCUAACUUGAGCAAGAUAGCUCACAUUGCUUUGAGACAAUGUGCAAUUUUAUAGGUUAACUGCUUCUAACGCUUGUGUGCUAUAAAUAUAUCAAUAAAGAAGUCUUGUUUUGGACUAUGAUUGCGUAUAUGUGAAAAGAAAUGCACUGAAAACAAAAAAUGUUUGAGAUCUAGUUAUUUUUUAUAAGAUUAUCCCAGCAUUGUUUGAUUAGUUAUUUCAGAUGUUGCUACGAAACAAUGAUUGCAUUAUAAACAUAUAGCAUCCAGAUAGUAGUACAGUAAGUGUGAUACAAUAUGGUACUAGGGGGUGUAGCCUAAAUACGUUCACAACUGACUCUUUCUUUUCCUAACAUUUGUUUUAAGAAAGGUUUUCGAAUAUAAAAUUAUGCCACUGUGUCUUAUUUUUAAUAUUUUAAACACCAUUUUUUAGUAGUUUUCUUAAUCUGUUCAUUUGGUCGGACAGCUGCACCUCCUGCCAUUUUACAAGUUUGAGAUACCAAAACAUACAUUUAU